AUGACUGACAAGAGUGAUAUUCAGGGUCCGCAGAUUCAGGACAAUCAUCUCAACAGGAUUAUCGUCGUUGCCGCGCAAGAGGCAGUUCACGAGCCUAAAGGCGACUCUAUACUUCCAGCCCAUGGGAGUGAAGGCAACAAUGUGUCGGAGACUGACGAUGAAAAAGAAACCCCGGGAGCCUUGCAGCAAGUAAUGACCCCAAGCGAGCAAAUCUUGACACACAUUCUUAUCUGGCUAUUUGUAUUUGCGCUCGGCUUCUCAAACAGCAUCUUCAGAGUUCUCACCCCCUACGUCGUCAGCGAUUUCAAAAGACACUCUCUUACAGCAACAACCGAUGUUGUUGCUAACAUCUCCAGUGGUAUCUUCAGACUUCCAUACGCCAAGCUACUCGAUGUCUGGGGGCGGCCCAAGAGUCUCACCCUCAUGGUCCUUGUUACCGUUCUUGGUGCCUUGAUGAAAGCUGGUUGCAAUAAUGUCGAAACAUAUUGUGCCGCUCAGGUCUUUUACUACGUCGGCUACUAUGGCAUCCAGUUUAGCCUUGUAAUCUUCAUUUCAGACUCAGCACCUAUCCGGAACCGAGCCCUUCUGUUUGGUAUCGUCUGGUCUCCAUCGCUCAUCUCCACCUGGGCUUACGGCCCUACUGCUGAUCGCAUCUUGACAAAUCUCGGAUAUAGAUGGGGCUUUGGUAUAUGGUGCAUCGUCCUACCCGUUUUCUCUGUCCCUGUCCUUACCCUGAUGUUCCGUUUCGACAGAAGAGCGAGGCAGGCUGGCUUGAUCAAGCGGCCAGAACACGGCAAAACAGUCAGUCAACGCAUAGUCUUCUUUCUCAAGGAGUUUGAUGUCGUCGGGCUUCUCAUUCUUGCGGCUGGUUUGAGUCUGCUCCUCUUGUCUGUGAGUAUCUACUCAUACCAAGACAAGGGCUGGGGCUCACCCCUAAUUAUUUGCUUCUUGGUGUUUGGGCCGCUCCUGAUCAUAUGUUUCAUCCUUUAUGAGAUAUAUCUUGCACCAGUGACCUUCCUAUCAUCACGCUUAAUGAAGGAUCGAACUGUUGUUUGGACUAACAUCAUGGCUGCGACGCUCUAUACGUCUGAGUUUAUCUGCUCCGCCUAUGUGUAUUCGAUGCUUAUUGUGGUUUUUAACCAAUCCAUAACAGCCGCCACUUAUAUCAACAGCAUCUACUAUAUCGGGUCGUCAUUCUGGACGAUAGUCCUCGGCUUCGUGGUACGCUACUAUGGGCGAAUGAAAAUUAUCACACUUGCUACUGGUAUCCCAUUCUUCAUUCUCGGCCAGGGUAUGAUGAUUGCCUUCAAACCCGGCUUCACCCCCAUCGUUUUGAUGGUAGUUUGCAAGAUUCUUAUCGCUUUUGGUGGUGGCACUAUAUAUCCAAUCGAGCAGAUGACACUGAUGGCCGUUUCCCAGGAACACACGCCAGCCCUUCUGGCCGUUGAGUCAGUUAUUGUUGAUGUUGGAAAGGGCGCAGGGUCAGCUGUCGCUACUGCCAUCUGGACUGGCAUGUUCAGGAAGAAACUGGCUGAGUAUCUGCCUACUAGUGAGCUUCCAAAGCUUGAUGAUAUCUAUGGCAGCCUUGAUAUCCAGUCAUCUUAUCCACUUGGGAGUGCUGCCAGAGCCGCAAUCAAUCAUGCCUACCUGGAUACUCAACGCAUCAUCUUUAUUACUUCGACCUCGCUACUUGCCCUGACUUGGGCCUCUGUUCUCUUCUGGAAGGAUUACGAUGUCAAGAAAAUGAGCAACCUUCGAAAGGGUUUGCCAGUCUAA